UUGAGAGGAACAAGGCGUCUGAGCAGCAGCACGGCAGAGGACUUUUAAAAUUUUCAAAAACAGUCCAUACACAAGAGCUGAAGACAGAAAAACACAGCUUUGUGUCUUCUAAACACACCAGGAUGGAGAGUGACUCAUGCGAUGAUAGCCAGAGUGACAGUGGAGUUUCAGCAGACUUCUCCCCAUGCAGCACUUUGGAGGGCAACACCACCAUCGCUACAGGUACCCCAGCACCUGCACUUAAAGAGACUCCCAUUGAGAGGGAGAUCCGACGGGCUAUAGAGCGUGAGCACAGCCUGAGAAGGUCCAGGGGGCUUCCAAACCCACCCACCUCACCAGAGUAUGUAGAGAUCCCUUUAAGGAAAACUGUUCUCUGCCAGUCAAUAACUGCUAAGUCUGAGAGGUGUCAAGGCAAAGACAGGCAGUUUGCAGGCAAAAAGAUGCAGCAUGACAUCUAUGCGGAGGUCCAGAGGGAGCAGGAUCUGGUCAAGCUUGGGAAAGUUCCAGGUGUCUACGACAAAGGCACUGUACGCCAACUCAAAGAGAGGAAACAGCUUUUUGAGGCCUUUCAGAAACCCAAUGACUCAACUUUGACUGUGCCAGCAAGGAGUAAGACCACAUCCUGGUCCUCCGCCAGUGACAUUUCAACCUUGGAGGACAACUCAUCGCAGGCAUCCACCAUAGAAGGCUCAUAUGUGGAGAGGAGCCCCACGCAGAGCCCAAACUUAGCCAAAGGAGGGGGUUCAACUUCUUUAACUCCCCAAAGACCAGGGUUCUCUGAGGGGACAACCUGCCAGGUUAUCAUCCUAGAGAACAAUCUGAGUGUCCCAGCACAGAAGCUCUACCAUGCCAAACCAGAGACUGUCGUCGACUCUGGAAGCCUUAAUAUCUCAUCAUCCAGGACAGGAGGACAUGGUGGGAUUGAAGUGAGAGAGCAGGGAAAGGAGGAGAGGGAAGAGGAGGAGGUGGCACCCAAGGAGAACCCCUUUUUUAAACUGCGCUCCUCAACAAAUGGAGUUAAAGUGGAGCAGGACAUCCGGGAGGCCCAAGAGAGGGAGAAGGAGCUUCACAAGCAGAGGAUCAGUCUGUAUGGGGGCACAGAGGGUGCAAAAGGAGGGGGGGUAGGAGGAGGAAGAGGAGGGGGAGAGAGGCCCGUCAGCACAGAAGGAAAGAGUCCCACGUUGUCCUCUUCUUCACUGAAUGGACUGGCUGUUCCUGACUCACCUGGCUCAUCAUCCAGAGGGGGUACUAGACCCACAGCAGCACGCCAGUCAGUUGGCAAGUUCGGCAUGUGGCCCCCGGCCCAGGCUGAAGAGGAGAAGAUUAACCGACCGGAGAGUCCCCGAACCCCCAGACAGAAGACCCCUCUGGUGCAACGCUGGGAGUCAGGCCUAGUCAACGGACAUAGCAAUGAAGAUGACUGAGGAGACAGAGUGCACUGAAGGAGGGAUGAAGGUUAACCGAGACCUGUAGUUUUGGGGGUUUUUUUUUAAAGUGGAGGACUGAAAGACUGUGAGAUGAAAAGGAAAGCAGCCUAAGGAAAGUGGGAGCAGACAGAAGAAGAAAGAGAGAAUGUGAAGUGAGAAAGAGGUCAGGGAUUGAGGCUUGAAAGGGGGUCAGGAGGAUUGGGAGCAAGGAAAAGGAUUGAUGGUGGACUGAAAACCCUGAAGAGUCAAUUCAGCCAGGAGGAGAGAAAAAGAAGGAAGAGGGCCCACCUAUUAGUGAAUAAGUACUUGGCCUGUUUCUGGUGCUGGAAAACUGUGAGACUAAUGAAUGUAAAAAUGGCACACAAAAAAAAAAUAAUAACACUGCACUGGAGAAAAGAAAAAUGUAAAUUCAGUAAGAAUGGGAUUUUCAAACUUUAAUGAAGUUCUUUACAAUUUGAUUUUUUUUCUUAAAUUAUAAUAAAUCGUUAUUUGUUGACAAAAAUAGAUUGAGUGGUAACAUAGGCAGCUAGGAGAACAAUGUGUCAUCACCUGUUUUAUGCCUUUAAUGAUGUCUUACACUGAGUUACUAGUUUAUUACACUUGUACAAUCUAAUGCAAUCCCAUACAAUAGCCAUGCAAUAAACCCUGCCUUUGUGUAGCUCAGUCUGUUCAGUUUUUAUUGACAGUUUCAGGGAGUUGCUGAUUCAACUCUGUGGUCAUUUUAGAGGCAGUAGUCAGUGUUGGGAUUGUAUUUGACUGCAUUAUAAUGAAUCUCCACUUACACACAUGUGAAGGGACAAAAGUUGGAAACACCUCUCAGCAUAUAUGGAGUCCAGUGCAACACCAACACUCACUAAAACAUGACCUUCUCCACAAAGAGAAUUCAUUUCAGCAUUUCUGUUUUUGAUCAUAUUGUUGAAGUGUUCCUAAUAAACUGGUAACUCAGUGUAUAUAGGCCAGUAAUCGAAAAGAUUGUACCAGUUGUAAUCCAUGAAUGACUCCUUCUUUUGUUAUGUUUCAUGCAUCACUCUGAGAGCCGGAUCAUAGUGCAAUAAGGCACCUUCUUCAAAAAGCACAACAUUGAUCUGGGUUUCAGAGCUGAAUGAUAGAAAAUCAUACAAACCUAAUGCUUAAAUAUUAUGCUAUAUGUUGUUUAGACUUGUAACAUUUUUCAAAUGAUAAAGUAAAUUAAUAUUUUGGAAUGAAAAUUGACACAAUUAAGGGUCUCACCUUUAUUUUUCUUUUUUAUAUAUCAAACUGAACAAUUAUGUGACUGCAAAAUAUUCAGUUUUAGUCUACUAACGCACGACAGCAGCAGCCUAAAAUUAAACUAAUCAAGGUUGGUUGAAGUCCUUAAUAGAGCCACAUGUGUGCAGUUUUUCUUUCAGGGCUUGAGUGGUUAGCACAUACACACAAUUAAUACUUAUUUUCUUUAAGAUAAACUUAAUUACAGUAAUCCCACAUGAUGGAAAUUCAGCUGUUAUAAGACUUAAAACCAAAGGAAAAGGGGGACAAGUGACAAGAAACAAGAUUUUGAAGAAAAAAAAUUUAAAAUUUAAAAAUAAGCUAAAAUUAAAAUAUAUAGAUAUAAUACUAGUGACCAUCUUGUGAUGGGACCACUCCAGCUGCAAUGUCCCCUUUUCCUACUUCCUACCCCCCUACUUCUGGCCCCCUUGGUUGGCCCACGUCCAUAUUUUAUAUCAAACUUCAUUUUGAUCUGAAGACACCUGUAAAUUUUUGUGACUGCAUCUUGCACAGUUGUGACGUGAUCAUGGUGACAAAAUCUGUCCCCAGACAGACAGGCAGACAUAUAAAAUGCUCAAAACAGCUUCUGUGAACCCUCAGCAUGUGAUAUCGAUACCAAAGGCACCCUUUAGCGUCUUCAUGAGCCACACCAGGUUUUCAACUAAUUCCACUAUAAACCCAUCUACAGCAAUACUUGAACUGACACAGUAUAAAGAGCGCAAAAGUCUGUGUAGGGUGGAACAGAGGGGAGAUGGGUUGGGUCAAACAAAACAGGACUUUCACCCAAGAGACUGCAGUUGGUGUCCAGUGUGAAAAUAAAGUCAGUGUUGUUUUAAUGUAACUUUAUGUAGUUUGCAUACAGUUGUGGCACACUGACAUCACUCACGUGACAUAUUAUCAUCAUGUUACAUUAUGACUGGGGGCAGCAGUAGCUCAGUCCAUAGGGACUUGGGUUGGGAACCGGAGGGUCGCCGGUUCAAGUCACCGUCCGGACCAAAAUAUGGAGCGUGGACUGGUAGCUGGAGAGGUGCCAGUUCACCUCCUGGGCACUGCCGAGGUGCCCCUGAGCAAGGCACCGAACCCCCCAACCGCUCAGAGCGUCUGUCAUGGGCAGCCCACUCUGACAUCUCUCCACUUAGUGCAUGUAUAGGCCCAGUUUGUGCAUGUGUGUGUUCGGACCUGUGUGUAAUUGACAUAACAGAGUGAAAAAUUGAAUUUCCCCUCGGGGAUUAAUAAAGUAUAUAUAUAAAAAAAAUUAAAUUAAAUUAAAAUUAAAAAUUAAAAAAAUUAAAUUAUUGUUACAGAACCAAUGUUCACAUUUUAACUCAUUAUAUGAUCUUUUUUUUUUUUUUAAACCUAACCAACUAGAUUUUUUGACCAAGACCCACUGUGACCUUUUCACAGCAUUAACCAUGUGUUACAGUGUGUGUUACACAGAAAGUGUGUCACAUAAACGUGCCAAAGGGUGCACCAUACUACACUAUGAGACGCAGAGGGACGUGACAGAGUUUCGGUAUUUGACAACCUGGGAAUUAGAGGGAAUUGCGUCACUAGGACCACGUUUUGCCAUGGUGACACACACACACACAUACACACACACACACACACACACACACACACACAAACACACACAAACUCACAAGGUGAAAACAAUACCAGCCUGCACAAUGUUGUUGCAGCUUGUAAUAAGUUUUAUACACUAUACACCUUUUGCUUAUACAGACACUGUAUGUCCAUGAUGGUCUGCCUCACACUGUUGGUGGUCAAAAAGAAAAUGUGUCACCAUGGAUACAGCUUUGGAAGAAGGUGGAGGCUUUGCCAAAAUUAAGCAGCAUAAUUGCCACA